AUGGACAGCAGCCCUCAACCCCUGAAACGGCGUAGGGUCGAUGACUCUGACCAGCAACCUGAAGGCGACCAACAGGCGGUGCCACGGGAUUUCGAGCACCAUGAGUCUUUAUGGCUUACGGACGGGAACAUCAUUCUUUGCGCUUUAAACAAGAAAGGACACGGAAUUGGCUUCCGCAUACACCGAUCCAUGCUUUGCAAGGUCUCCCCGAUAUUCGCAGAUAUGUUCACCCUGCCCCCGUCGGAUGCAAAUGAGACCUGCGAGGGAGUGCCAGUAGUCCGGAUACCUGAUAGCGCAGAGGCGCUGGAGAUGCUGUUGAAGCACAUUUAUCACGACCGACCUCUCCCUCUCAAGCGCCUUGACCCGAAUACCCCCUCUCUCGUCCGGCCCGUGUUAUCUCUGGCUACCAAGUACGAGAUUGCCAGUGUGCGGUCCCAGAUCGUCGACCGUCUUACGGAGGACUGGCCGACAACUCUCCACGCGUGGGAUACGCUCGAAGCUGAGAUCGCCGCCAUGCAGGAGGAAUGGUAUGACAAACACAAGACAUAUCUCGACAAACACCUCCCGGAGCCCGCCUCCGCAAUCCAGUUGGCCAAGACGUACGGGAUCCCUGCCAUCCUCCCCGCCGCUUUCUACCACCUCUCGAGGCUGUCCAUCGCAUAUGGCCCUGACGGUGCUGAGCCGAAGAAGCAGCACAGGAGCUACCUUAUGCGAGGUGUGCGGACUGCGAAGUGGAAGAGUCUGAAAGUCGACGACUAUUACAACCUCCUGACGGGACGGAUGAGACUGAAAGAUGCCGCAAGCAAGGCAAUCUUUGACUGGGACUUUCCACACCAUGAUGAUGACUCGGACUCGGAGGAUGAGAGUAUAUGUUCAGAGAGGGCACGAUGGCGGUUACAAUGUGAUUUCGAGGAGGCGAUUGGUAACGAUGACGACGUUUUGGAUGUUCUGCGGACAAAGCGGAAGCAAGCUCUGCGUUCGCAGUGGAAAAUUUGUUCGUCUUGUUCUUCGUAUAUUCAGACCGAAAAAUUGCCGGAGCUGCGAGAGAAUUUGUGGAGGCGUCUGCCCGAGUUUUUCAACAUCAGCCGCGCAGCUGAGCAGCAAUAG